AAGUUGCACAUAUCGCGCAUAUUACAUGUUUAAACAUAUACACAAACACACACAGAACAUGGCUCAUCGCGCGAAUUACUCGCCGGACGCUUGUUGACGCUGCGCGGCGCGACAUCGAGCACCUCUUAUCACAUCGUAAUUAGACCAACGCCACGGUAAGACGAGCAUACACCACUUUCGAAGGUGCCAACCUAAUUAAACCGACACAGAGCAACGAGAGCCAAUCCGACCGCGCGUUCGUUUCAAGCGUGCUUCGCAAAAAAUAAGCGAAUCAUGUGCAAAUAGAACAUUUGUCGCUGAAAAUCAGUUCAACAUGGAGAUUGAUGGUGCGUCCAGUGCUUCCAGUGAUUCGGGACAAUUUCCAACCUCCAUGAAUUAUUACACUGAUGUGAUAUUUCCGAACUCAUCACAACAGGACCUAUCAGGAUUCUAUUCGGAUAAGAAGUUUCAAUCGCUAGCGCCGAUUUUACCGCAUGUGAAUUCGAAUAAAGACACCAAAAAGGACUAUUACAAUAUGCUGCAUAAAAAGGACGAGUAUUCAGUGAAUAAUAAUAAUGUUGUCUGUGUUAAACAAGACCGUGAAGAGUAUAAUAAUCGUAAAAAUGUUGAUUAUACACAUUUUACGAUGAAUAAAAAAUUGGAUGAAUAUCCGUCCUCAUCGGAACAAGAUCCGCUUAAAAUGGAUUAUUUCAGUUAAUUCAAGUGGUAAUAAUAUAAAAAGAAUACGAGUAAUAAUAUUCAGUUAAGUAAUCUUGAUAGUUACGGGAAGAAAAAUUUAGGAUUUUCUGCGGAUCAAGUCGAAUGCAUGUGUGAAUCGUUACAUCAACGAGGCAACAUUGAGCGGCUGGCGACGUUUCUUUGGUCGCUGCCGCCGUCGGAACUUUUGCGCGGAAACGAAAGCAUUUUGCGAGCGCGAGCUGCGGUUGCUUUCCAUCGCGGUUCUUAUCACGAAUUAUAUGCGAUUUUAGAAUCGCACGCUUUUCAUCCGCGAUGGCAUUCCGAUUUACAGACGCUUUGGUUCAAAGCGCAUUAUCGGGAGGCGGAAAAAGUACGUGGACGACCAUUAGGUGCCGUAGACAAAUACCGGUUACGCAAAAAGUACCCGUUGCCAAAGACGAUAUGGGAUGGAGAGGAGACGGUGUAUUGUUUCAAGGAAAGGAGCAGGACCGCCUUGAAGGAAUGCUAUUCGAGGAAUCGCUAUCCGACACCGGACGACAAGAGAGGCCUCGCGAAAAGAACCGGGCUCACGCUCACGCAAGUCUCGAAUUGGUUCAAGAAUCGUAGACAAAGGGAUAGAACACCUCAGCCCAGACCGGAAUUAAUUUUGGGCAACAUGCAAAUGAACGGACAGAAUAAUAUGAUGAGUCCACAUCAGGGUGGAUUGGAUAUGUCUGCAUUUCAAGCCGCUACCAGAUUGUUUGAGACUUCAAGCAAUGUAUAUGCAGAGUAUCAAGUACCUUAACUACUCUAAUCACUUUGAAUGUUUGUAAACCGUAAGUGAAUGUUAUGCUGUUUAAUUCAAACAAAAAAUAGUUUAUGAAUCAAUCCGGUGAAUAGAUUGUAAGCGAUUGUAGAAAAUUCUAUUCUUAUUUUGUGAUAGAGCUUUUUCAUACGACAUUAAACGUAAAACUUGCAUUACACAACAAUGUUGUGUUUUACUUUAAAUUUUCACAAGUCUGAAAUUGCUCUAUUAAAUAAACCAAUCGCGUACA